AUGUUGCCCACAGCAGCUGUAGAGUUCCCCUGCAGUGUUGGUGCCCUGUGCAGUGAUGUGAACUCAGAAUGUGUACAGGGAUCAUGUGUAUGUCAGGCUGCUUACCAGACAGUUGGGGACACAUGUGAGCCCCUGGGUACUUUGAACAGUGGCUGUCUGUUUGGCUGGGCUUGUAGAGACACCAAUGCUGUGUGUAGAAAUAACCUCUGCCUCUGCAAAGAUGGAUACUUCUCUAAUAAUGGCAUUUGUAGACGUCAACCAGAUGUUGGAGAGCCCUGUAGAACUUUGGACACCUGUUCUCAUGGCCUGGCUGAGUGCAGGGGUGGACAGUGCCAGUGUAGACAAGCUUACUUCAGUAUUAACAAGAGCUGUGGUCGCCUUGGUGUCUUGGGCUACCCCUGUGAUACAAACCAGAGAUGUACUACUUCAGGCUCUCAGUGUGUAGGAAACAAGUGCAUCUGUAAGGAUGGUUUCUAUGAAACACAAGGGAUGUGCAAGCAAUCUCUUCAGCUAGGUGAGUCCUGCACAGCAGAAGACAUUUGUGGUGAUCAGUAUGCACAGUGUACACAGGGAAUAUGUUCUUGUACUGAGGCAUAUUAUACAGUGCAUGGCAGAUGUACUCCCAGGGGUGUGCUGAAUUCCCCAUGUCUGCCAGACGCUGUGUGUUCUACCCCAGGUCUCCACUGUAGCUAUGGUCUGUGUACAUGUAGACAGGACUUCUACCCAGCAGGACAGGACUGCAGAGAAAAGGUCUUACUUGGUGCAGUAUGUGUUGAGAGCCAGGAAUGUGCUGAUGCUAAUGCUCUGUGUAUAGGAGGAGAUUGUACCUGUAAACAACCAUAUAUACAGACAAGGCAGAUCUGUGCACUGUCUCGUGUGCGUAGAAGUCUGCAUGCUAGCUGUAUUGAUGAAGGAAGCUGUAGUGAUCCAGAUACAAUGCACUGUGCACCCAGUGGUAUAUGUGAAUGCAGACAGGGGUACUUUCCUAUUGGAAACAUAUGCUCCUUGAAGAAGGCACUGCUGAUAAAGUGUAGUCUGGAUGUGGAAUGUGCCACACCUAAUGCCGGGUGUCAUGGUGGUGUGUGCCAGUGUCAUCCUCAAACUCACUUCACUGGUGAUGUCUGCAAAAUCAAAGGCACGCUGUCUGCCCCGUGUUUGUCAGGCUCAGGUUGUAUAGACUCCAAUACUGUGUGUCAGGGCGGACUGUGUCUCUGUCAUCCCAGCUUUUAUGAAAACAAUGGAAGAUGUGUGCCAAAGCGUCCAAACAUGGCAGCCUGUGAUACUAGCUCCAGUGAUGUCUGCCAGGAUGAGAAUGCCUUCUGUAAUGGAAAAUGGUGCCAGUGCAUGGAGGGCUUUUACCUGAACAGAGGUUCUUGUGUCAGCCAGCUCCCCCUGGGCAGUGUGUGUGAGGAGGGAGACGUCUGCCAGGGAAUGUUCUCAUCAUGUCAGAGCAGACGAUGUCAGUGUGCACAGGGAUUUCUACAGUCUGGAACAUCUUGUGUUCCCCAAGGAGAACCAGGGAGUCUCUAUGGACCAUGUUUACUUGGAAGACAGUGUAAAUCAGAGCACAGCACAUGUGAUGGAAAUGUGUGUGUUUGUGCUGAGGGUUACUUUGAUUCCUCUGGAACAUGUGUUCUCAAGUCUGCAAUAGGGGGUGCCUGCAGUGGCAGCAGGGCUUGUGGAGCUUCCAACUCGGCGUGCAGGAAUCAAGUGUGUGUCUGCCAAUAUGGCUACCAGGAGAAGGAAGGAUUUUGUGUUCCCCUAGGCAGCCUUGGAGACGUGUGUCUAUUUGGUCACCAGUGCCUAGACAUCAGUGCAGUGUGCAGUAGUGGGGAAUGCACCUGUCAGGAAGGAUAUUACAGAUGGGGGGAUCACUGUGUCCCAGUGUUACCCCUGAAUGCAGACUGUGUAUUGUCUGAUGUGUGUAGAGCAGAUCACGCCAGCUGUGUCUUAGGGCAGUGUCAGUGUUCUCCUCUCUACACACAAAACGGAUCAGUCUGUGCCCCCACCAUCCCCCUCUCCUCUCCCUGUACAGAAGGAGAUAUAUGUGAGGACAAGAAAGCAGUCUGUACCAGAGGUUUCUGCCAGUGUCAGGCAAAGUACGCCAACCUCCGGUGUCUGCUGGAUUGUUGUAUGGCAGCUGUCUGCCUGGGGAUUUUUGCACUGGCAACAAUGUCAUCUGCCAAGAUGAUCACUGUGUCUGUGUGGAGGGAUUCUAUGCAAGAAGAGGGGCUUGUGACAGUUGACAUCCCUUGUGCUUCCAUGUGGGGCUUUAUCAUCACAGCCAACUAA